AUGUCAAAUCCUCUCUCGCCCCUCUCAUCCUCCUACCAGAACGCGCGCGCUCAAUCACAAAUGGCGAACUCCUCGCCAUUCCUACACAAGACUGCGGACCAAGUGGAAAUUUCUAAUACUUCAAGCCCAUUAAAGAGAGAAUGGACUAGUCACAACGCGCCCAACCCGAAUGCCUAUGAUGAAAACGAAAAUUACUACCCUAACGAACCUGACAACGAGAACUUGCAUGAGAAUGACGAUAUCAACGAUGCCGAAUCAUAUCAAGGCGGUGCCAGUUCGCCGUUCCAGUACGAGGGACGUGAGGACACUGCCAAUUUCCAAAAUUUACGCCAGAUGCAACAGACGUCCCAUUCAUACCCACAACUCGAACCACUAGACGAGGAGAGCCCUGCAAGCUCUCCAUUCCGACCGAAUGCUGCAGAAGAUACAGUGGGUUUUCAGAGGUUACGCGAGGUAGAUCCCAUGUCGCCUGGCUUGGAUAAGCGGCUGGCUCUGGAGGAGCCAAUGAGUUCCCCAUUCCGCCCUCAUGCUGCCGAGGAUACAAUGGACUUGCACAAUAUGCAAGAUGAGCCACAGUCAUCGCCUCUGGCACGCCCGCAGCUUCACUCAUUGCAGGAGGAGAGUCCGCAAAGUUCUCCAUUCCGCCCUCAUGCCCGAGAAGAGUCCGGGGAUUUCCAAAAGCUGCGUGAGGUGCAGCCAAUGUCGCCUGGUUUGGGGAAGCGAUUGACUUUGAAUGAUCCUGAAAGUUCCCCGUUCCGUCCUGAUGCCCGUGAUGAGACGGUUGACUUCGAUCGUUUGCGAGAGAUGCAGAACCAAUCGCCAAUUCAUGAAGCGCAGCUGGCCAGUUCGCCUUUCCGCCAUCAAGCUCGAAAGGCGCCAUUUGAAUCCCCAGAACCACUCGAGAUGCAGGAAGACUCACUGGUAGCUCCCAAACAAUCAUCUCCUGCUGUGGUUCCGAGCUCGUCUCUCCGACCUGAGGCACCAGAGGAAGGGGACUACCCGGAACAGGACGAUGUGCAACCAGAGCUAUUGAAAGCACCUGAAUAUUCUUCCCCUGUUCCAGCUCAUUCAUCCUUCCGGUCAAGCACCAAGGUAUCAGACAAUUUUGAUUCGCCCAAGCCACGUGAGAAGCAACAAACACCACCGGCAGAAUCUCACUACUCUUCUCCUGUCCCAGAACCUGUGUCGACAUUCCAACCGAGCCCAAAGGAGCAUAAUCUUGAUAUCCAAAAGACACGUCGAAUUUCGCGCGUAUCGCUUGGGCUAAAUGCUCAGCGUCCUGUGGCCACAACUCCCCGGAAAAGGUCUUACGACCAAACCCCUCAGGACCAGGAGGAUGAUCUGCAGGUGCAUACGAGUCACAAGAAAGGCAUGAUGAGCCGGCCAGAGGCACCGGCUAUUCACAUUGAUGCCGAAGAAGAAUCUAGUGUCGUCCACGACCAGAGCAUGCUUUCUGCUUUGAGUGCUGCGCAGGACCGGUCAGCGAUUGGCCAUAGCAUGAUGGAGGACAGACGCAACGAGGGAAUGAGCACAGUGGUGCAUGAAGAUGGUGACAAAGAGAAUGUUUCCCGCGAAUCAAACGAAAACUCGAUGGUUGACGACUCAAUUGAUGACACUUGCUUGAGCACUUUCUCUGCCGUGCCGGACAUGACCACCUUUGCGAAGCUCCGCGCUCAGUCGCCGAUGAAGUCAACCCGAAAUUCCAUCGCGCCCAGGCCUGCCGUGGAUGGCAAUCGACGUGGUGCUGAGCCGACCACUCCAGGGACAGGGCGCAGAGCCCACAGAGCAAGCGCCUACUUGGAAGGGAACUCGCCUGCAGGAUCACCCACUCCAAGACCUCGAGGCCCCCGAGACAUGGUCAACCCGGUUGACUCUGCCAACUUGCUUGAUUUCAGUGAUUCAAUGAACUUCCACCCACGCCAAUCUAUGCAGAGUAAUCGUUUCUCUCCCUCGCGGCGCUCGCCUAUGCGGUCUGCUCGCCAGUCCAUUCGAUCUCCUGGGAAGAUGUCUUCGCUGUUGGACUUUGACAUCCCACCUGCUCCAACCCCUCGAUCCAUCCCCACAGUCACACCACGUGAAUUGGAGUCAUUGAAGUCUGGCUUCAUGUCGGAAAUCUCCUCGCUCAAAGCCACUCUCAGUGGGAAAGAGGCUGAGGUUGCCAGCUUGAAGCAGGCAGUAACUGACGCGGAGAGACGUGUUGGUGAAGCUUUGGAAGAGGUGCGCAACGAAGCCGCUGGCAGAGAAGUGCUAGAGAUGGAACAAGCUGAAUGGGUCCGUCGGGGCAAGGAAAUGGAAGCCGAUUUGCUGUCUCUCCGAACUGAAAUGGUCGAUGGAGAGCGCGAGCGGGAUCGCCUGUCUUGGAGGGCCGAAGAAGCCGAAAAGGGCAAGGAGAGGUUGAAAGGCAAAAUCGUCGAGCUUGAAAGCCAGCUUUCUGCUGCCCGUGCUGCUGCAUCAUCCACUAGCAAUGCUGCUGCAUCUCAUUCUUCCUCCCAUUCGGCUGAAAAUACUGCCCGAGAGGUUCAGGAUGCGGUUGAAAAGGUGGCUCGGGAACUACACACCCUCUACAAGGGCAAGCAUGAGACCAAGGUCGCCGCUCUGAAGAAGAGCUACGAGACUCGCUGGGAGAAGCGCCUGCGCGAGUCCGAGAAGAAGCUCGCUGCUGUCCGUGAAGAAAACGAGCAUCUCCGCCUUGAACGCGACGCUGCCCAUUCUGAUUCGAUGGCCGGCGGCAACACCACUCUCUUUGCUCGCGAAAACGAACAGCACGAGGCUGAGAAGCGUGUCAUGGAAGCUCAGAUUACAGGCAUGCAGAAAGAGAUGGCUUCACUCAAAGAAGACACCGAGCGCAUUCGUUCAGAGCUUGAGUCCGAACGUGCAGAGAAGGGCGAGCUUGUUGCUGCCGUGGAUGAAUGGCUAGCCAUGCAGCAGCCUCCGGCUGCACCUCAGCGAGAGCGCGAGGCAUCUGUUGCUUCCUCAAUGCAUGACCACGUCGAAGACCCUCGGCCGUCUCGUGAAGCCACUCCCGAUGGCUUCCGUCACAGUGUGACUCGUUCUGGCUCGGGAAACAUUCGUCCCCCUGCUACUGCUGAGAAGCGGAUUCCUCGGUUCGGUGCUCCCGGACAUUCGCGUGGUAACAGUGGCGGCAAAUCUGGUAUUGCGAUGCCUACUCCUGGUAGAGGAAUUAUGGGAUCGAUUGAGAGGAUGGGUCGUGGGGGUGUUUAG